CCUCGGCGGUGGCGCGGGCGGCGCGGACGCGGGCUGCCAGGGCACGAUGUUUGCGCGAGGGCUGAAGAGGAAGUGCGCGGAGGACGAGGAGGCCGUGCCCGCCUACAGUCUGCAGCGCCAGUCGCUCCUGGACAUGUCGCUGGUCAAGCUCCAGCUGUGCCACAUGCUGGUGGAGCCCAACCUGUGCCGUUCGGUCCUCAUCGCCAACACGGUCCGGCAGAUCCAAGAGGAGAUGACCCAGGACGGGAGCUGGUGCGUGCCGGUGCCCCAGCCCGCGGGGCGGGUGUCACGCGACCGCCUGGUGUCCACGGAGAUCCUGUGCCGCUCGGCGCGGGAGGGGGCGCGCCCGGCCCCCGACCCCGGAGACCCGGCCUCUGAGCUCCAAGUGGUCCCAGCAGCACAGGCUCCCGGGGCCCCUCCCGGUGGCGCUUGGGACGGGGACGGCCCUCGAGAAAACAGGGGAAGCUUUCACAAGUCGCUCGAUCAGAUAUUUGAAACACUGGAGAGUCAAAGCCCCGGUGCGGUGGAGGAGCUGUUUGCCGACGUGGACGGUUCCUACUAUGACCUGGACGCUGUGCUGACCGGCAUGGUGGGCGGGGCCAAGUCGGGCCAGGACGGGCUGGAGGCCUUCGCCUCCACGGCCGCCCCGCCCCCCAGCGCCAGCUGCAAGUCGGACCUGGGCGAGCUGGACCACGUGGUGGAGAUCCUGGUGGAGACCUGAGCCGCAGGCGCGGCUCACAGCACAUGUGUUUGUGAGGCCCAUGAAAACAGCCGGCGCGCUGGGGGUGUGGGUGCCCGCUGCUGUGCAGCCGGGGCUGGCCUCUGGUUUGUCUGCGAUUAGGAGACCGACCCAGAUCAGCAUCCGGUCCGCCCGCUCCCCCCUCUCCCUCCCUCCCAGGGCCGGGCUGCUUUCCCGCAGGCGGGUCAUCGCGGCCGCCCUGGGCCCUCGUCUGUGUCCUGCUACAGCCCCGCUGGGGGAUGCCAGUCCGCUUCAGCAUCCAGCCUCCUCCAACUUUAGAUAGGUGAAUUUUCUAAAAUUAAGUUUUGUAUGUUUUGGGCAAUAUUUUUUCUUAAGAUAUAUUUUUAAACUUUUUAUACUUUUAUCACUUUAGAUUUUUUUAGCUAUUUUCUUAAAAAUAUAUUUUUUCUAUAAACAUCCUCUGCUGCUACAUUAGAAACUUAUAACCUAAACAGUUGCAGUUGGUGUGUUUCAUUUUUUUUAAGGUUUAACACACACUGUUCUUUUUCCAACAAGCGUCACUGCCCUGAGUCUGCAGUCCACACAUUGUGAUUUCCGUUUUCGACUCGGGUGUGAGCCUUGCCCAUAAUGCACUGCUGCGGUCAGAGCGAGGUCCAAGUUGAAGGCCUUGCACGGCGGUGCCCUUACCAGAUCUGCUGUGUGAGACACGUCUCUGUCAGAGGGUUUUAUUUAUGCCUAUUUAUGUAUAAGUGUCUUCAGAGCCGACGGUCAGGUACGGUCAACUGGGGAUCAUGCGUGCCCUGAGGUGUCUUAGACGGUGCCUCCAGAGGGUCUGAGACUCGGGGCCCCUCCUGCGCGUGUUCCCAGCACAGCUGACCUUCCGCCCAAAGUUGCUGCCCUCCGCGUGACCCUGCCUGGCCAGGCUGCUGGACCCGUGUCAGCUGGGCCCGCGUGCCAGCGUGUUUGGGGAAGGCACGUGUCCGUGCACCACUGGAUUGGAGAAUGGUGGCAUACAUUUAAGUCUAGGGUUAAAGAAGUCUACACGUCAUCUGUGGGCCCUCGAUCUGGAGGGUUGUUGACGGUGGGGUUGGCUGGGUGGUGUGUGUGCCCUGUGACCCUGCCCCAGCCACCGAGACCGCCCGCGACUUUUAGAUCUUUUUCACUUGUUUACAAGUGAGACUACUCUCUCCGCACGCCCACCCCACGUUUCCCGUUUCUCGUGCUUUUUCUUCCUUCUCCAGCCCUUAGCCAAAAAGGGUUGUUUUCUUUUGCCCAUACGCCAUUCUUAGUAUCAGCGGUGUGCACCUCAUUUUAUUAAAAAAUUAUCCAUCAAGGUGGAAAUGUGUUGUCAAUGAUCUACCAUGUCGUGGUCCUCGAGUGGAUGUUUUUACCCUAGUUGAGC